AUGUCCGACGAAUCUCUUUUCGAUACCAAACUCACCACCGAAGAUCACCCUUCAACCAUCGACAAUGUCCUUCCAGACGUCCUGUUGAACACCGCGCUUAUCACCUUCAGAGUGCUUGUCUCCACCAAAGAAGCAGGUAUUGUCAUUGGUAAGAAUGGUAACUGUGUUGCCAACGUCCGUGAAAAAACCGGAGUCAAAUCAGGGGUUUCCAAAGUCAUUAUGGGCUGCUCUGACCGUAUUCUCACUGUUUCUGGCCCAGUCGAUGCAACUGCCGAAGCCCUUGCUCUUUUCGCCACAGCCUUGUUGGAAUCCCCAGUGGCCCAACAACAACAAUACAGUUUCUUCCCUCUUAAGUCUCUUUGUCCUCCUGCUCAAGAUGGCCAAACUUUUCUCCGUCUUUUGAUCCCUCACUCCCAAAUGGGGACCUUAAUUGGUAAACAAGGUAGUCGGAUCAAGGCCCUUCAAGAAAACUACGACGUCAAAAUUGUCGCCUCCAAAGAAUUCCUCCAAGAUUCCACCGAAAGAGUGGUUGAGGUCCAAGGUACCCCAGAAAACAUUGAAAGCGCCCUUAAAGUCAUUGUCCGUUGUCUCAUUGAAGACUGGCAUGGAGCCACCGGAACCAUUUACUACGUUCCGCAACCAAAAAAACGUGGUGGUCACCACAACUCUGCUGAUCAUGGCUACCAAUCGUCUGAUCACUCCCACCAAAAUCGCCCACGCUACAACAAUGGCGGAUCAAACCAUUCUGCCAACUCCUCUUCAACUAACGAAGCUUCUGCCUCAUCCACUACCCAAGUGGUUGAUUUCCCAUCGGAUUAUGUCGGAUGCCUUAUUGGUAAGAAGGGUUCCAAGAUCCAAGAAAUCCGUAAAAACUCUGGUGCCCAAAUUUCCAUUGCUCAAGAAGAUAAUGAAAAUGAAGAACGUAGUUUCACCAUCAUUGGUAGUCAAUACAGUGUUGAUAAAGCAUUGAGUUUAUUGUACCAACAAAUCCAAAGAGAAAAACAACGUCGUGCCCAAGCUGGUGAAGAAGAUUAA